AUGGGACUAUCUUCAUAUCUGCCGAGCAUUGUUCCGGCGUUUCCAGAGUAUACAGGGCCCUACAAAGUGGGCGCUAUUGACAUCGAAAUCCCAAUAUCGGAGAUUGGCUCAGUGAGCGCAACGCCAAACGAAGCUGAUCACAUCCACACCAUUCAGUUCAGAGUAUACUAUCCCGCCACCCCCGACACAAAUAAUGAGGGCAUUACCUGGCUCCCGCCUCCUCAGCGUCUUGCUGUUUGGGCUUAUAGCCAGUUUCUUGGGUUGAGUUCCAGAGUCGCAUCUGUUCUAUCAUUUUUGCCCAGGCAUCUCCAUUACAUCAAGAUCCCGGUUCACGCAAACGCUACUCUCCUACCUCCUCAGUCGGCUGGCAAUCCGCAAGCUCGAUGGCCGACGGUUCUCUUCUCUCAUGGACUUGGCGGUAGCCGAAACGCAUACAGUCAUGUUGCCGGAUCUCUAGCGUCUCAUGGCAUGGUUGUGUUUUGCCCCGAGCAUCGAGACGCCAGCGCGGCCAUAUCCGUAAUCCGCGAUCCCAAAGACCCCAAGUUGUCGCACAUUGUACGCUGUCUUCGCAUUGAGCAUGUCCAUACCCCCGAAGUCUGGGCCAGGCGUGAGACUCAGAUCCGGAUCCGCGCAUGGGAAAUAGGACUUCUCAUGGAAGCGAUCCACCGGAUUGACCUUGGCGAUAACGACAUCAUCAAGGCCAACCUCUGUACACCGAGUCUCACUCCGCUGUCAGCUCUGUACCAGUUUACUGGACGACUUGAUGUACAUGAGCCUGGUAAGAUGAUCUUUGGCGGCCACUCUUUCGGCGCCGCUACCGUGGUUCAGGUGGUCAAGAGCACAUACUAUGUCGACCACCCAAACAUCGCCAAGUGGGAUAACCCUCUCUUCAGACCAGUGGAGGACUCGGCCAUCCGCCGUCAGGUCACCGAAAACACACCGACGUUCCUGCUCGAUAUGUGGUGCUUCCCUAUCCUCUCGGCCGCAUCCGCCCCUCUCUUCAACUUGCCGCUCCCCGCCUAUUCUCCUACCGCUGCCUCUCCUGUCGGCGGUAACGGUAUCUUGGCCAUCGAGUCCGAGGCAUUUUACAAAUGGAAGGAGAACAUGCACAGCACAGCACGUAUCGUCUCCCCGGACCCUUCAGCAAAGACCGUUUCUCAGGCUGCGUUCGAGAGACCAGGUACCAAGAAAAAGAAGGGAUCAGCGACAAAGCUAAGCGAGCCUAGCCUUUUCUACGUCCAGAACAGCGCCCAUCUAAAUCAGAGCGACUUUGGUGUCCUGUUCCCGUGGGCCGUAAAGAAAAUCUUUAAGGGAGAGCAGCCUGAGCGGAUUCUUCGGUUGAAUAUGCGCGCUGUUCUGCAGUUCCUGAGAGAGAACGGAGUCAGCGUUGCGAGGACCUGGUAUGGUGAUCUUGUGGAAGGCGGAACGGAAGAGAACAUUGAGCUCAACAAGGAGAAGGGCGUCAAUGACGGCAUACACGAGGAUAAAGCGAUUCUUGAGAAGAGAUCUACCGCAGAAAAGGAGGGAGACGCCCAAGAUGAAAAGAAGGGAGAGAAAACGGCUGGUGAGGCUGGACUGCAGUCGGGUGAGACCACGGCCCAAGAGGCAGAAGAAGCCGAACGCGAUGAGGAGGAAAUGGAAAGAGAGAUGGAGCCUGGAAUGAAGCACGAUGAUGUUGCGGAGCCUGCGACGGCAGCAACUUUCCCUAGUGAGGGCAUCACCAGGAAUGCUCGGGCGGAAGUAGACGAGCACACAACUCCUUAG